AUGGAGAUUACACAGUUUGUCGCCAGCCACCGCGAGGCACUGCUCAUCGGCGACUACAAUAAAUACCGAACACAGCUUUCGCGUCAGCUGCUCGCGACUCGGAAGACACUUGGCCGAGCCACGAACAAAAGAGAGAAAUUCGCCGCGAAACCGGUGACGGCAGAAGACGUUGGCAACAAGCAUGAAUUCUUACAUCUGUUGUUGCUCACAUCCGAGCGAGCAUGGGCACAUGCGAUGCACUUGAAGACCACUCAUGCCGGCGAUGCUAGUGGGAAAGGAUUGACUGGGUCAACACGAAGCCAUUUGAUUUCCAGGCUGAGCAAAGCGGCAAAGACGGCGCAGCAGAUUGUCGGUCUACUAAGAGAGCAGAGCGCCAAGGCUAGUGCGCAGGAUGUGCUGGAGGCACGAGCAUAUCAUGCAACUUUGGCAGGCUCGGAGGAAUUUGAGAAGCAGUCGGGAGGACAGCGGCCGGACGAGGAUCGAGAGCGAGGCUGGCAGUCAUGUCUGCGCAGCUAUUCCCUGGCAAGAGUUGUGUACGCUGCACUACUGGAAAAGGACAAGAAGGAGAUUUACAGAGAAAUCAUCACGGGCACUGUGGAUCCAACCAUCCGAUAUGCCGCAUAUCAAGCACGUUUAUCGCGGACAAUCGCCAUUCCGACAGUAGCAAAGCGAUAUUUUCCCAAAGACGACAAAGAGCUGGUUGCCGAGGUCGAGAAGAUCCACCAGUAUGCACUCAAAGACAAACCUGCGCCAAAGGACGACGCCGAUAAGCAGACCGCACCUCAGGAAAUCCCGAUUAGCGUCAAUUGGAGAGGCCGCAAAGCAAACAUCGUGGAUGCCUCGAUAGGACAAGCUUUGGCCAAUGUGACCGCUGCUGAAGCCAAGCUCCGCGCUUAUCUAUCUGCGAAUGCCACAGUUGCAUCUCGUGAUAAGGCUGCUGCAUACGAUGAGGUCCUUAAUGCGUCUCAGGAUGCUGCAGAUGCUGCUAAGUCAGCUACCGACGACUUGGAGAAGGAGCGCGUGGAUGAGGGCGAUGCGCGGAUGCAAGAUCUUCGCGUGACAAGCCUUUCGGUCAAUUAUGAUUUGGUAUCCUGGCGCGUUGGGAGAUAUCGAACCCUCAUAGGAGAGGACGACGGCUUGACCUUCGAGGCCGAGCAGCAGAAAAGGCCAUCGAGAGCACGCAAGGAUGGCACGGAGCAUCCCGAGAAGGAGGAGCCAAGAGGGAGAAGGCUCGCAAGGUUGAGAGAGCGUACGGUCUUAUACGAUGCCAUCACCCAAAGCAUUAACUCGGUGAAGGAUCUCCGAGGCGCGGUGCGCGACGAGAAAUUUGUUGCUGAGCUGGACAGCAAAGCUGCGUAUUUCCGUGCGCUGAAGUGUCUCAACAUCUCACACUCGCACGCACUACUUGCCAACCACUUAAACGCCCUAGCUCUUUUGAAGCGUGCACAAGAUCUGGUCGCCAACACCAGCAGCCUUUCAGCAGCGCGCGAAGACGGUGCACCGGCAACACUGGACCUUGAUGCGACGACUUUUGCCAAGGCGAAAGGCUACAUAGACGCGCUGGUAUCUCGCAUGCAUGCUGUGGUCGAGCUGCGCACCUUGGAAGCCAACUCCACAAAGGCUGCAGAGAAGGGCAUGACAACUGCAGCUCCGCUCGUUCAGCGUCUGAACGAGUACCCAGCGCCAGGGCUACAGAUCGAUCUCAAAAAUCUCGUCUCGUAUCCUCCCAAGAUCGAGCCCGUGCCUGUGAAGCCACUCUAUUUGGACAUAGCAUUCAACUACAUAGAGUACCCGGGCAGGACAAGAACAGCCGUGGAGCCGCAGGCACAGCCUAUCAUCAACGGCAUCGAGGAAGCACCAUUGCAACAGCCGCAGAAGAGAGGCUGGUUUAGCUUUGGCCGGUAAGUUUGCUUGGCCUUAGCCAAUUGAGUCGCCCGAGUCCUUGGUCGCAAUGCUGUAGCAGCAUAAAGCGUCUGCAAAUUCCAGAAUUGCAGACGGUGGUCCGUGGAUCGCAUUGCACUUCGAUGCUGCCUGGAG